AUCUUCCUCCCGACUUUUGCCUCCCGACAAGCCCCUCCAAACCGCCGGCACCAGCCUUUGAGAAACCGGUAAGAAGCUUGAUUUUUGCCUUCUUUUCUUGUUCAAGAACAAGAUUUGGAGCCUUGAAACCUUCCCCCCUCUGCAGAAUUUCCAGAUCUGCUCGGUUUCUCCCCUCCCCUUUCCGUGAGCUGCAGCUUGUGGGUGUGAUUUCUGGGCAUUUUUCGGUAAGAAUAGCCACGAUUUCAUCCUUUUAGCUUUGAUUUAAGUUGGGUUACUCUAAGUUCCUCUUGUUCCUUCAAUUUUGGGUGGUUCCUGUGAGUCCCCUACAGCUUGCCGCCGGCUUCUUCUCCCCCACCAGGUCCGGUUCUACUGGCUGGAAAAUUCUGAUUGUUGUAGUUCUCAUUGCAUGGAGACUAUAGAUUCCACCCAACUGCUACGACAGCUAAACCUGUUUGACCCCCAAAGGUGGGUUUAGGAGGAGGAUCAUGCUGAUGUGAUUCUAGAGACUCUAGCUUUACAUGCUGAUAUACAGGCCAAAAGUCUUCCAAUGAUGAGUAGAUAGAUGUUGCUACCCCUUAGUAGAGACAUGGACGGGGGCAAGCUAAGCCCCUGUAGAUGCCCACAGAUGGGUCCAAGAUCCCAUUAGAGCUAGUUGAGUAUGGUGGUUAGCUGCAAAUGAUCAGAUGACAGAUUGUGUUUUAGUUGCGGGAGAAUCUCCUCGAUGCAGGUCCCUGUUGAGCAUCGAGAUAUGUAUUGGAAUUUAUUCUGUCAAACAUAUGAAUGAGACCUUGCAAUUCACACAAAGGUGGAAAAUUUAUGGAAAAUGAUUGCGAAUGUCAAAUUCAAGCAUGCACUUAGUGAGUUGAAAGUUAGGUGUGCAAAAAAAAAAACUUUCAAGUUAAGCCUCCAGAUAUAAAUCCACAUUUACGAGACAAGGGUCAUUUGAGAAGGUUAAAUUUUGCAAGCGCAAAUCGGGCACAAGGACCAAGGGUGACACACACCAACGGUUUAAUGGACGUCAAUGCUUACCAAAAGAAAAUGGCAAACCUUGAGGGUCAUCCAUUGACAUUUCCUAAGUUCACCGGUAGAAGGCAACACAAACCAAAAGGAAAAGACCAACUACUUGUAUAUUGUAAUAAUGAGGCUCGAGAAAUUGGCAUAAGUAUUUAAUAAUAUGAAUUAUCAAAUUUAAACUUGAAUUUUGAAUGGUUGAAGUUUAUUGAAUAGGAGAAACUAUUGAUUAUAUAAUUCUUGUUGAAUGUGGGUGUGUAUUUGAGGUAGUUUGUUUGAGGAAAUUCAAAUGUAAUCCUUUAUUUGGUUAAAGGGUAAGGUGAAUGGGUUUUAUUAUUUUUUAUUUGAGUGGUGUAGCAACUUAAGAGUUUGUGUAGAAGUGACUUAGUGUUUUAUGUGCUUGAGGAUUUAAUGGUCUGAACAAAGAGAAUUUUGUUUUGUGAAGCAAAUUUUGUAAACUUGGUGUGUAUUUCUUGUUGAAUAUAAUUCUUGUUGAAUG